AUGUGUUCCAUAUGGAAAUGUAUCUGUGGUACUAAAAUAAAAGAACAAAAUCAAAUAGGCACUGUUUCUUCAACCAUGAAUUAUCUUUCAUUACCAGGACAAACUGCGAGUACAAACAAGCCACGAGUUCAAGUGGCUUUAGCUCCAAAGCAUGGUUUGAUGGAUUGGAUAAGAAAAACGAGUAAUACGCCAAAUUUGUCUGGAACCAAUGGUAAAAUUUUAACUAUUACUGAAGAAGAAUUAGCUAAACAUAAUACAAAAACAGACUGUUGGACUGCGAUUUCUGGACAUGUUUACAAUAUAACUCCAUAUCUUGACUAUCAUCCCGGUGGCGUUGAUGAAAUCAUGAAAGGUGCUGGUAUUGAUGCAACGACACUUUUCCAAGAUAUUCAUUCAUGGGUUAAUUUUGCUUCGAUGCUUGAAAAAUGCCUUGUUGGUCGAUUGGUUACUAGUAAAAAAGAAGCACCAUCGAACAAAUCAAAACCUGUAAUAAACCGUCUUCGGUUUGACUUUCGCCAGCCAACUUCAAAAAGUUUAACAUGCUUUAUCUAUACUACAUGUUCUUCGUUGGCAAGAGAAAAUAUUUUUGUUAAUAUUGAAAAUUCAAAAGAAAUUCUUGUUCUCGUAUACAUCGAUGGAUUUGUUCAUACCAUAGCCAUAGAAUUACUGGAAUUCAUAACAAACAAGUUCGAUGUUCGUAUUUCCUCGAAUAAUCGUAGUCAAAUAGAAAUUGAUUUAAAUAAGCAAACUGAUCAAAUGUGGAAAUCCAUUGGAAAAUUUCUACCAAAUCAUUUAUCAAUCGCUGCCAUACAUGAUUUUGAACCCAUAUACUUUACUGCUACUCUCAUUCAACGAACUCCAGUAACACAUGACACAGAUUGGUAUACAUUCUCCUUGCCGUCUCAUAUCUUCAUGUUUCCACCCGUCGGUUAUCAUGUUCGACUGAGACAAGCAAACGAGGGUCUAAUUGUUGUUAAACCUUACACAGUCGUAAGAAGUUUAAAUAAUGAAGGAAAUUCAUCAUCGGAAUCUACAGUUGAAUUACUCAUUAAACAUUAUCCAGAUGGAGCUAUGACUUCAAGUUUAAAAAAGCUACUUAUCGGUGAUCCUAUCGAAAUGAGUUCGUACGAAGGCACGUUUGAUGUUCAUAGAAUUGAUUCAUGUGAAACACUUAUUCUUGUCGCAGCUGGUACUGGUUUAACGCCAAUGGUGCGAAUUCUUAACUAUGCAAUUUCGCAAAUUAACGUUGGCAAAAAUAUAGAUGCAUUUGUAUUAUUUUAUAACAAAACGGAAAAAGAUAUUCUAUGCCGAGAAAAAUUAGAUGCAAUAUCAAAGCAAUAUAAAUUUACAAUACAUCAUAUACUUUCUCAGCCGGAACCUGAAUGGACAGGCGAAACAGGCUAUAUCAAAGGCGAACUACUUCGACGAUUACUACCACCAUUACCUCAGAAAGAUAGCGAGACUCAGAGACUUGUCUGUAUUUGUGGACCAAAACCGUUUACAACAUUAGCGACUGAGUAUGUAUAA